UAAUUAACUGAUCAUUUUACUCUUAUACUAUAGUAUCAUCUUCAUCAUAAUAACCGAAGAUUACAAAGAUUGAUCAACUGAAGAGAUGAAACAUGAACUUAAAUACUAAAAUAAAAGAUGGUUAUAUAGAUUACCGCGGUUAUAAACAUGUUUAUCCCCGUUUUACUUCUCCCUGAAAAGAAUAUUUUCUACCCGGAAACUAAAAGCAUUCUUGUCUACGAAAUGUAGUAAUCCGGGAAAAGGAAUGACAGUAAUAGUACACCAAUCAUUACUCUCAUAACUAAAUGUACUACUACUAUAUCCAGAACCAGAAGAGUGAAUCCCUAGAUUGAGAAAAUCUAAAGGCUACACACUUUUACAGGAAAUGGAUAUUUUCUUUUUCUGGUUAGGAGAAGACCCAAGAAGAAAACAGAGGAAAAGCUUUUACGUUGACAGAGUCGUCCGGUAACCACGUCCACAGUAACAGACACACACACACAGAGUGCCAUAUACAAACAAAAAAAUAUUUCACCAUUUUGGGUUUUGUUGUUUUGAGGCUAUCAAUGAUCUCAAUCAUGAUGACCAUCAAACAAACACCCAACAACAGAAACCUUCCCCAGUGUAGAGCUAAUGCUCCCUCCAACACACAUAUAAUAAAAAAAUAGGAGUUAAAAAAAAAAAAGAAAGAAUUUUUCCACCGAUUCUCUUUUUUCUAUUCCAAAAAAUUUAUUGAUGCAAGUUGCAGUCUUCAACUUUGCUUUGUGGGUUGGAGAGAUGGGGAUGCCUCACAUUCACAAUCACAGCUUCCAACUCCAACUGGGUAACCGAUGCUGUACUAAAAAAAGAAUUAGAUUCCAAAAUCUCUAAUCCCAAAUUGAUUCACCAUCUUCUUCUCCUCUUCAUAAUCUUACCCACUAGGAGUAUCUUCCCUUUUCCCUGUUUUUUUACAUCUCUUCUCCUUGAAGCUUAACCCUCUCUGUAUCCAACUACCAAAAUUCAUUUCAUUUCUUCAGCCUAAAAAAAGGGGUGUAAACUGUAAAGUAAAGAAGAAAGGAGAGGGGAUACAGAAUGGAUGAGCCAGACCCACCUCAGUCUAGGCUAAUUAACUUCCCAGUUUGUAGUAUUAAGCAUCCAAAAGGGGGGCCUUUGACUUCUUCACAGGUGGACAGGGAUUCUUCUAUGCUGAUGGAUCUUGAUCUGGACUCUUCUUGGUCUUUUGAGCAGAUUUUCUCUUCUUCUGCUGCCCCAACCGCUUCUGAGCAGCUGCCUUAUUCUCCUCUCUGGGCUUUCUCAGAUGAUGCUAAUGGUGAUACUGUUACUGGUAAUGGGAGUUCUUGUGCUGUUGAGUUUCGGCUUGCUGAUUUCUCCAGAAAGCUCAAUUGUAAGCUCAAAGUUUGAAUCUUUGAGAAUCUUUUUUGGAUUUGGAGUAUGGAUUCAGAAGUCUAAAAAACUCACCAGUGUCUAAUUUAUCGGCUCUUUGUUUCUUUUGGUAUGUGUUUUGUGUUUAAUUGCAAAGCCCCAGGAAGACAGAAACAAAAAGCUUGGAGCUUUUAUUGUUAUAACAGCUUUUUGAAGUGGCAUUUUUUGUUGAAGAAUGGUUAUAUUCUGAUAAAAUGAGGAAAGGAAAAAGGAGUAUUGCUUUAGGGUUUAAUUUCAUGAAUGAAUUGUGGAUUUUGCUCAUGUUGUUGCAGAUACUACUGGUUAGUUCUGAGAACUCAAUCUUCAUUGUUUUUCCCUGUUGACCUUGGCAUUUUUUCAACGAGAGUGAUAUAAACUCUUUGCUUUCCCAUAUUUGAUUCAUUUGUUUUUUACCUUAUCAAUUUGAUUUGCAUUGAUUGGUUUAGUUGGAUGAAUGAUAAAAUUUCAACGUUAGCUUCAUAAGAACUGUGGUUGUAGCUGUUGACUCAGUAAUUUUGAAUGUUAUAUGCAGGUGAUACUAAUUUGAUAACUGAAAAUCCAACUGAGAAUGAUGAGGAUAGAAAGCCGUCAGUGCCAACCUUAGAAUUGGCUCCAUUGGAUUGUCCGGAUGUUUCUUUCAUUAUAAAGGAGAGGAUGACACAGGCGCUUAGAUUCUUCAAAGAUUCCACUGAACAUCAUGUCCUGGCUCAAGUUUGGGCGCCUGUAAAGACCGGUGGUCGUUAUGUGCUAACUACUUCAGGGCAACCGUUUGUUCUAGACCCCAAAAGUAAAGGGCUUUAUCAGUACAGGAUGGCUUCUUUGAUGUAUAUGUUUUCAACUGACGGGGAGACUGAUGAUGUGCUUGGAUUACCUGGUCGUGUUUUCCGGCAAAAGCUUCCUGAGUGGUCACCGGAUGUGCAAUAUUAUUCCAGCAAAGAAUUUUCACGUCUCAAUCACGCCCUACAUUAUAAUGUUCGAGGAACUUUGGCGUUGCCUGUAUUUGACCCAUCUGUGCAAACCUGCGUUGGUGUACUUGAGCUCAUAAUGACUUGCCAGAAGAUUAAUUAUGCUCCUGAGGUUGAUAAAGUGUGCAAAGCACUCGAGGCUGUCAAUUUGAAAAGUUCUGAGAUUUUAGAUCAUCCAAAUAUACAGAUUUGCAAUGAAGGUCGACAAAAUGCUCUGGCUGACAUUCUAGAAAUACUAACGGUGGUGUGUGAAAAUCACAAAUUACCUUUAGCUCAGACAUGGGUGCCUUGCCGGCACCGAAGCGUACUUGCCAAUGGUGGUGGGUUUAGGAAGAGCUGCAGUAGUUUUGAUGGAAGUUGCAUGGGACAAAUCUGUAUGUCCACAACUGAUGUAGCUUUUUAUGUGGUUGAUGCUCAUCAAUGGGGUUUCCGGGAGGCUUGUGCGGAGCACCACUUGCAGAAGGGUCAGGGUGUUGUUGGGAGGGCAUUUGCUGGGCGGAACUCAUGCUUCUGUGAAGAUGUUACCCAAUUUUGCAAAACCGAGUACCCCUUGGUGCAUUAUGCACGAUUGUUUGGUUUGACUAGUUGUUUUGCCAUCUGCUUGCAAAGCACUCACACUGGUGAUGAUGAUUACGUUCUUGAGUUUUUCCUACCGCCUAACAUUAAAGAUCAUAGAGACCAAAUGGCUUUGUUGGAUUCGCUCUUAGCGACGAUGAAAUCUCAUCUGCGGAGUCUGAGGGUUGCGUCGGGACAUCUUGAACAUGAGUUAAGAUCUACUGAAAUUGUCAACAUAUUGGUGAAUGAGAAGCUUGAUUUGAAACCUGAAUUUCCUGAAACACCCAAGCCUGCAACAACAAGCCCAGACACAAGUGGAGAGAUAGGGCAGCCGAAUUCAAUUGAAGAGCUGCAACCUACCCAUGGGGUUAGUUCUGCACAUGAAGCAAAAACUGUUGUUGGCGCAGCCAGAGUUCAGAAGGGUUCAUCUGUUUCUGAGAAUAAAGACAAUGGCAAGAAACCACAAAGGAAACGUGGUAAGGCUGAGAAAACAAUUAGCUUAGAUGUUCUGCAGCAAUAUUUCGCUGGGAGUCUUAAGGAUGCAGCAAAAAGUCUCGGGGUUUGCCCUACUACGAUGAAGCGCAUAUGUAGGCAACAUGGGAUCUCAAGGUGGCCAUCUCGCAAGAUAAACAAAGUGAACCGUUCCCUCACGAAACUUAAGCGUGUAAUUGAAUCAGUGCAAGUUGCUGAUGGAGCAUUUACUUUGACAUCUUUAGCUUCAUCGUCAAUGCCAGUUACUGUUGGUUCCAUGUCUUGGCCUGCUAGUUUGAAUGCAUCUGAUCUCUCAGGUCUGCCUGGUUCAGGAGCAUCUGAAAUUCCUGGGGAUGAAACCGAACUCCCCCAGCUUAAUGGAUUUCAGCAUGAGGAAAAUGCAAAAGACUUGAAGCAAAUCCAUGGCAUGAUUGGAAAAAAUCAUGACCUGGCUCAUCAACCUGGUGGAAAUUUGAACUGUGAAGAAGGCUCACACCGAUCCAAAAGUGGAAGCGGUUCUAGAGAAGUGAGCACAGCCGGGACUCCUACUUCUCAUGGUUCAUGCCAGAGCAGCCCCUGCAUGCACAAUGUAUCCUCAUCCCCUCUGAAUGAGCCAGUUGUUUCACCUUCAAAUGAGCAGAAUAUCAAACCAGUUGUAACUUCAGUUGGAUUUAUGAGUGAGCCAAGAGUAGGGGGCACGAAUAGCUUGUCUGCGGGAUUCUCCAUGGAUGCUUUUAUGUCUGUAGCGGAACCCCAAGAACCCUUUGGUGUGAUGUUAAUUGAGGACGCAGGAAGCUCGCAUGAUCUGCAAAACCUUUGUUCCGCUGGGGAGGCAGGUUUGUUUGAUGAGCGUAUGCCCCCUGAUUACAGUUGGACCAACUGGCCAAAGAUCAGUGCCAUCCCUCCAAAAGACUCCAUGGUGGUCACCGCUGAACGGAUGCCAGAGUUGGCUUCAAUGAAGCCAGAAGCGAAAACCUUUUUAACCAUAAAAGCCACAUAUGGGGAAGACAUCAUAAGGUUUCGACUGCUCGGGGAUUCCAGUGUUGAGAAGCUAAGAGAGGAAAUCGGCAAGAGGUUGAAACUGGAGCCUGGAACAUUUGAAAUCAAGUAUCUGGACGAUGAUCAAGAAUGGGUUCGGAUUGCAUGCGACGCAGACCUUCAGGAAUGCGUAGACGUUUCCAAAUUGUCAGGCUGUAGUUUGAUCCGACUGAUGGUUAAUGACAUAAUGCCAUCUUUUGGUAGCUCCUGCGAGAGUUCCGGGGAAUGUGGAGUAGGAGGAGGAUUAGGUUGUAAAUAAGGUAUUAAUUAAGUUGUAAGGCGGUGGUUGUAGUAGAACCAUUCUUUGCAGUUUUAGGGGUUCGAUGUUUUUCAUAUGCAAGUGUAAAUCUGUCUUCUCUGUUUGCUAGCUUUUGUUAGAUUUGAGUCAUUUGAGACGGGAGUUGGUCAUUUGUAGGGACAAAAUAUUUUCCUGUUCUUGUUUAGUUGCAGUAUUUAGUUGUAAUAUGUGAUGAUCUGUACAUGGAGAUGUAAUCUUGUGUUGGAAAAUUUUGCUGGAUGGAUUUCUGUCUCAAAUGUACGUGUUUCCUUUUAAC